AUGGAGGACAAUUCGCGUGUCGUGCGCUCUGCGACCUGGGCUCUCAGGCGUCCAGGGGAGAUACGAAUUGAAGGAGUUGGUUCUAGCGCUGCAGUAUACAGUAAAGGUCAUAUAACAGUACAGAUGCAGGCUGCCUUUGACAACAACAUUAACUUCAAACUCGAGGCUUAUGUCGACAAUAACCUCAAUUUACCACUAGCUGACCCAACGUUUGCCACUCCAAGUCCGGUGGAUCUUCUACUUGGUGCUGACGUACUAACGGGUCUCUUUCAGGAGGGUCUCAUCCAGGGUUCUCCAGAGCAACUUUGCGCUUUAAACACUCGUCUUGGUUGGGUAGUAUUUGGACCAGUCACAAGUUCUGCUCACUCCACUUUACACACAUCUCUUACUGCGAAAUGCGUCAACGAACAACGACUAGACACGUUACUUAGAAGCUUCUGGGAACUCGAAGAGCCCAUACCAUCAUCCGAAAUACACGUGGAUGACUGUGAGACGAUCUUCAACGACACAGUUACCCGUACCUCAGACGGCAGGUACCAGGUGCAAAUUUUAUUUCGACCAGAUGAUCCUGCUCUUGGGGAAUCUCAUCAAUCGGCAGUCCGCCAGUUUCUACAACUCGAGAGGCGGUUGAUGAACGAUCCCUGUCUUCGUGAGCAGUACAUUACAUUUAUGCGCGAAUAUAUUGCUCUCGAUCACAUGGAGGUUAGCAAGCAAACUUUCGCCAAUAAAGAAAAUGGUUACUUCAUACCUCAUCAUGCGGUAACCACAAAAUUUCGCGUAGUUUUCAACGCUUCAGCGAAGACAUCGAAUGGGACAUCCUUAAACGAUACUCAGUUUUCUGGACCACAACUACAUGCCAAUAUUGUCGACAUCCUUCACCGUUUUCGCAAAUGCAAGGUAGCCAUCACUGCAGACAUACAGAAGAUGUUUGGACAAAUCCUGGUAGACAGACGACAUCGUAAAUGGCAACAAAUACUUUGGCGCGAAUUGCCAAAUGAACCUCUUCAAGUGUACGAAUUGAAGACGGUAACUUAUGGAAUGGCUUGUAGUCCAUUCAACGCAAUACGCGCACUGCGUCAAUGUGCGAAUGACAAUUAUGAAGUCAUCUAUGACCCAAGCCGGGCUGCCGCAGCGCGUCAUAGCAUACUUUAUAAUUUCUACGUUGAUGACUAUUUGGAUAGCGUCGACAGCGAUGAACUUGCUAUUACCCGUGCUCAAGAUGUAGCGACUAUUUUGAAACAAGGACAAUUAAUAUUGGGAAAGUGGAAUUCCAAUUCUACACACGUAUUAUCCGCGAUAACCGGUACAACACCUUCUGCAUCCGAACUAGAGUUGAACAACUCAACAACAAAGGUAUUGGGUCUUUACUGGGAUCCAGUUAGCGACGAGCUCUUCUUCAAGGUAGGCUUAGUUGACGACACUUCAAUGCAUACCAAGCGAAAGGUUUUGAGUGACGUGGCGAAAUUAUAUGAUCCAACUGGGGUAUUGGCACCCGUGGUCGUGGUGGCCAAACUAUUCAUACAGGACUUAUGGAAGGCUGGUCUCCCAUGGGACGCUGAACUUCCUCCAGAACUACUCAAUUCAUGGGUCUUAUUCCGCAACAGUUUGCAAGAUAUUACACAACUUCGUAUUCCUCGUUGGCUAGGUAUACGAGUGGGCUCUUUGGUGCAUUUACACGGCUUUUGCGAUGCUAGUCGUAAAGCGUAUGCAGCAGUCAUAUAUGUUCAAACGAUCGAUAAAGGUGGUACAUCACGCACAGCUCUUGUUUCAGCGAAGACGAAGAUAGCACCAAUUAACGAUGUGACGAUACCACGCCUCGAACUGUGUGGUGCUCAUCUUCUAACCAAGGCGAUGGGCAACGUACGUCAAGCCUUAGGCCUACAGGACGCCCCAUGUACAUAUUGGAGUGAUUCCACUAUUGUUUUAUGCUGGAUACGUAAACCACCAUCCACGUUCAAACAAUAUGUAUCCAAUCGGGUAGCUUACAUCCAAGCCAAUUCAGACAUUAACGCUUGGAAGCACAUUCGCUCGGAAUCAAAUCCAGCCGACUGUGCAAGCAGAGGCCUAUCUCCCGGCGUCUUAGCAGAUCAUCACCUUUGGUGGACCGGACCGACGUGCAUUCACCAUAGCGUGGGGGAAAUGUGCCUACCUUCUUUGACGGAGGAGGAGGAGCACCUCUCCAUUGCUGAAUCUCGUGUGGUAUCCAUCUUCGUUUCUAGAGCUAAUUGCCAGUGGAUUAUGACAUCCACGAAAGACAACAGGAUACCUCUCAUAGAGAAAUUUAGCAAAUUGAGUCGUUUACUUAACACCACUGUUUGGUUAAGGCGAUGGUUACCGAAAUAUCGCGGUUACUGGAACGAUAUAGUUUCUGUCGCAGAUCAGCACUGGGCUUUACUUCUGCAUAUUCGACAAGCACAAGAAUUGCGGGUCGCAGUGAAAUCUUAG